AUGUCAAACAAACUCGCACUUGGCCAGCGUGGUGGACUAUGGCCUGAAGGAUUGAAGGGAGGCCCGUGCCAGCAGUGGGACGUUAAAAAGGAUGACGAUAUUUCUUCAAUAUGUAACCUCGAGUUCGAAUUAUGUGAAUACCUGGAACGAAGCACUAGUAAUGCGUACCACGAACUGUAUCCUGGAGUAGAAAUGAUUAAUUACGAUUUUAUUGCAGAGAGGCAGAGCUUAUAUAGUACAAAUUUGCUAGAAUCCACCGCUCAUCUAGUAAAAGGCUGCCUCGGUGCCGGAAUAUUGGGAAUGCACGAAGCGUAUAUGUACGGCGGUAUUUGGACAUCGCUGGGUGUGACCGCUGCUAUUGGGUUUCUGGUUCCAUAUUGUAUGCUUACUUUAGUACAAUCAGCUCAAACAAUGUACAUAAGGCUACGAGUACCAAGACUCUCUUAUCCUGACUUGGCUGAAGUAGCGAUGGCUACUGGACCAGUGAAACUUUGCAGACGAUUUAGCAAAGCAUUUAGG